GAGCAUGCGCAGUACAUAGUAAACGGAAAACAUUCCCGGUGCAGCUCUUCCUCGGGGUCUGGUUGGCCUUAUAGUGGUGCCCGCUGAAAGUGGCACAAAGGCCUUUAUCGGUUCACUUGUCCGAUAAACGGAGGACAGGAUCUAUCUCGCUUUGUAGUUAGACUUAUUUAACAGUCACGCGAAGCAGGAAGUAACGUUAGGUAUUUGGUUGUUUACUGUGACAUUAGCUAGCUGUCAUGACUUCCACGGGGACGCUGAUAGACACGCAACGGCCAAGACACCGACCUUUCCUGAUCGGUGUCAGCGGAGGAACGGCCAGUGGCAAGUCCACUGUAUGUGCUAAGAUCAUGGAGCUGCUGGGUCAGAACGAAGUAGACCAGCGUCAGAGGAAGGUGGCUAUCGUCAGCCAGGACAGCUUCUACCGUGUGCUCACCCCAGAACAGAAGGCCAAAGCGCUGAAGGGCCAGUACAACUUUGACCACCCAGAUGCAUUUGACAAUGAGUUGAUGUAUCAGACUCUGAAGGACAUAGUGGAGGGGAAAGUGGUGGAGGUUCCCACGUAUGACUUUGUCACUCAUUCCAGAUUACCGGAGAGGAUAACAGUGUACCAUGCAGACGUGGUUCUGUUUGAGGGGAUCCUGGUCUUCUACCAUCAGCACAUCAGAGACAUGUUCCACAUGAAGCUCUUCGUAGACACAGACUCUGAUGUCAGGCUGUCUCGGCGAGUUCUCAGGGAUAUGAAGAGAGGUCGUGACCUGGAGCAGAUCCUGUCUCAGUACACUACCUUUGUCAAACCUGCCUUUGAGGAGUUUUGCCUUCCUACUAAGAAGUAUGCUGAUGUCAUCAUUCCACGUGGAGUGGACAACAUGGUGGCCAUUAAUCUCAUUGUCCAGCACAUUCAGGACAUCCUGACCGGCGACCUCUGUAAGUGGCAGAGGGGCGGGGUCAAUGGCCACAGUCACGGACGGGGCUUCAAGCGGGGCAUCCCGGAGGACGACGUGCCCAACGGAGCCAGCACCGCACUCCCACACACACCCAGCAAACGGCCCUUACUGGAGCCCAGCACACGGCCACACUGAGGAGCAUGCAAGCACACGCACACACACACACACACACAGACGCUGUCCACUGGUAGAGCCUAGGACAGGGUUAAAUUGGGGGGUAAAAACACGCCCACAUGCACAAACACACACACACACACACACACACACCUGAAUGCCUGUUACUUGAGCUUAGUAAA